AUGGCGGCGCAGAUCGCACGGACAGCUCCAUGGAGGGCUUUGCUGCGGGCUUUCCCCGGGCCUGCAGCGAGGCCAAGGGGGGUAUGCAGCCUCGGGACGCUGGGCUUCAGCCCCGGGCCCUGUGCACCGGGAAUGCCCGCGUCAGCUCCAGCAAACAGAGCCGCGAAAAGACACUACAGCUCCGACCCAAAAGAAGACCUCCGCGUCCGGUACCUGGACGGAGAAGACGCCGGCAUUGUUGUUGUGGGAUUAAACAGACCCAAAGCCAAAAAUGCCAUAAGCAAAAAUCUUGUUAAAAUGAUGUAUGAUGCUGUGGACGAUAUAAAGAAAAACAACAAAGUGCGAAGUGUGAUAUUGUGUAGUGUUGUUCCUGGUAUUUUUUGCGCGGGCGCAGAUUUAAAGGAAAGGGCGAAGAUGCACCAAAGUGAAGUGGGACCAUUUGUGUCAAAAGCCAGAGGACUCAUCACAGAACUGGGUAACUUGCCAAUGCCAAUUAUUGCUGCUAUCGAUGGUGCUGCUUUAGGCGGAGGUCUAGAAAUGGCUCUGGCUUGUGACAUCAGAAUUGCUGCCUCAUCUGCCAAAAUGGGACUGGUUGAAACCAAACUGGCAAUUAUCCCAGGAGCUGGAGGUACGCAGCGUCUUCCGCGGGCUAUUAGUGUUUCUCUAGCCAAGGAGCUCAUUUUUGCAGCAAAGGUUAUAGAUGGAGAUGAGGCCUAUCGGCUGGGGCUGGUCAACCACGCUGUGGAGCAGAACGAAAGUGGAGAUGCAGCAUAUCAUCGAGCGUUGCAACUCGCCAGAGAGAUCAACCCUCAGGGUCCCAUUGCAGUAAGGAUGGCUAAACUGGCAAUCAAUCAAGGCACAGAGGUUGAUUUGUCGACUGGACUGGCAAUAGAAGAGGCGUGCUAUUCCCAGGUGAUCCCGACUAAAGACCGACUGGAGGGUCUGGCUGCCUUCAGAGAGAAGCGGCGCCCUCACUUUAAAGGGGAGUGA